AACAAGGUGUACCGUCGAUUUAUGCCAAGUCAUGCAAGUCGACUCACUGAAGCGUGGACUGCAGCCGGCCCAAAACACCGGUCCGAUCUGGAUACACGGGACGAGGUCGGGUUGGCAAAACAACGCUGAUUCAUCAUUUUCCCGAUGUGUUACUGCUGCUGCUUGCUGUGAAAGAUUUUUCGGAGACCGACAUCAUGGCAUAUUUGAAGGCUGGCACCGUGACUUUACUCGUUGUACUGGCGGCUAUUUUGUUGCAGAGGCGAUCGGAGCAGCAACUGAAGGAACGACUUCAAACUGUUUUGAAAAACUUACUGCGAGCAGAGCAUAAGGUGGCCAGCACUUCCACUGGGCCUCGUCGCGUGGCAAUCGGUCUGGGCUCCUGUCUCGAUUCUGUCACCACGGCAGUCCAGCUGUUUGAAAAAGUCUCCUUGGAUCCACCGAAGGAAAAAGACGUCAGACACCAUGACUCGCUUGGAUCAGAGAGGGAUCUCGCCGAGGGUUUCGCGUAUUUCUUCAAACGUGGAGCGGCUGCAGAACGCUAUGUGCACGACAAGAUGCUAUUCAAACGGCUGGUUGCGGCUGCCAAAGAUAUGCCAGAGGCCACGUGGCCAAUUGGCGGCAACGCGCCGGUGAUGGCCAAUCGCAUGGCCCGAGAAGGUUGCCAAGUACUCCUUGGAAGCAUCAUCUCCGACACCAUCGCCAAGGAGAUUGAGACUGGUGUUAAAGUGACCAAUCAUUCCCCAGAUGAAGAAGACGAGGAAAUCCACAUGGUGUUGGAAUACAAGACUGGAGAAAAAUGGGGGGACUUCACAGCACCCAGGGCUAACAGGUUCAUUGUUCACAGCGAUGCCUCCAAUCCGCUGCUGUCCUCCUUAGAAUCCUUCCAGGAGCAGCUCAGGCCCUUCAAGCCUCACGCAGUGGUCAUCGGGGGACUGCAGAUGAUGGACAACUUCCCCUUCAAAGGAAAUUCACGUAGCCAGAGGCUUGGAAAGCUGCGCAACAUGCUGACCAGAGAUGUGCCCAGAGACGUCCCCAUCCACUUUGAGUUUGCCUCCUUCGUGGAGGAAGCGACGGCCUUAGAUGUCAUCAACAACGUGGUGCUGUACUCGGACUCGGUGGGCAUGAACGAGCAGGAGCUGCCCAACUUAUACAGCCUUCUGAACUACGGCAACAUCAGCGUGGUCUCAGACCCAUACCCGAGGGUGGCCACGGUGCUAGACCAGAUGAGGUCCGUGUAUAACAGCCUGAAGACGGCUCGGGGGCCAGACAAGAGGGGUCUGACUCGCCUACACGUCCACACGCUAGCCUUCCAGGCGAUCCUGACCACCAAGAAUUCCAAGUGGAAGAACACGAUGGCGGCAGCGGCCAAGGCUUCCUUGACGGCCCACCGGCACGUCUGCGGGACCAGCCACAUCGAGGUGGCCAAGGCACACCUCAUCAUGGACGACUCCUUCUCCCUGUCGCGCCAGGAGGGCAGCGAUCGCAUCUUAUUCCAGAACAACCGGCCCGUCUCCUGCUGGGAGGAGGAUGAUUACCAAAUCUGCCUGGCUCCUGUUCUGGUCUGCACCGAGGUCCGUAAGACCGCAGGUGGUGGUGAUAACAUAUCGGCCGCGGCACUGGCUGCCCAGAUUUGACGUGGGAUCAAAGUUUGUUUGGGACCAAUAAAUUAGCUCCUUGAAAAA